AUGGACGAGAUAAUACCGUAUAAGAUACAUGUGGAUGAGAGUUCCAUGGAACUUUUGCAGAAAAAACUCGACAUAGUUACAUUCCCUAAUGAGGGUGCAGUCUCUGAUAACUGGGCAUAUGGCGCGCCUCUGUGCGACAUCAAGCGUCUUGUCUCCCGCUGGCGCCAAGGCUUCGACUGGCGUACCCAAGAAACCAAACUUAACGAGUUGCCCCAAUUCACGACUAAUGUAUCGGUUGGGGGAUUCGGCGAACUAAACAUCCAUUUUAUACACAAACGAAGCAGUCAACCUGGAGCAAUCCCACUCCUAUUCGUUCAUGGCUGGCCUGGGAGCUUCCUUGAAGUGCUAAAGAUCCUGCCACUCCUCACGGAACCCGCAAAUGGACAAGCGUUCCACGUUGUUGCCCCGUCGUUACCAAACCACGGCUUCUCUGCAGAAGUCACCAGUCCCGGCUUUGCCUUGCCUCAAUAUGCAGAGGCGAUGCACAAGAUCAUGGUUCGACUAGACUAUAGCCAGUAUGUUACACAAGGCGGAGAUUGGGGAUAUCAUAUUACCCGCCACAUUGGUCUUCUGUACCCGACUUCUUGCCUAGCGUCCCAUGUCAAUUUCGUCAGUCUAGUCGAAAAGCCCCAGAGUCUACAGAACAGAGAAAACCCCAGUGCUUUGCCCAGUAUUCCGCUAGAAUAUAGUGAAGAAGAAAAGGCAGGACUUCAGCGAACAAAAUGGUUUGUGGAAGAAGGCGAGGGCUACAAAGCUGAACAGAGCACUAGGCCAACUACGCUGGCCUUUGCCCUGCGUGACUCUCCUGUGGCGCUUCUAGCGUGGAUAUACGAAAAGUUGCAUGAUUGGACCGACUCAUAUCCCUGGGAAGAUGACGAAGUACUAACUUGGGUCUCGAUAUAUCAGUUCUCUCGAGCUGGCCCCCAGUCAAGUCUGUACCUAUAUUACGAGAGUGAGCGUGUCGAGCAGCAGAGAUUCAGAGAGGCACUGAGACAGUAUGUUCACGGUGUUCCCCUUGGUGUCUCUUUAUUUCCGAAAGAUCUCAAGAUUCCGCCAGAUUCUUGGAUUCGAGAAAUGGGCCCAGUGAUCUUUUUGAAUAGGCAGACAUCCGGGGGGCAUUUCGCCGCUUACGAGAGACCGGAAGGCCUAGUGCAGGACGUGAGGGAAAUGUUUCGUAGGGAGGGCCCGUUAGAGGACGUAAUCAAGUUAUUUCAUUAA